AUGGGCGAUUCGCCGCUGAAGCAUCUUUGUUUGAUUUUAACCGGAAUCGUGAAUAGCAAGCUCCUUUUCCUUGAGCUCAGCACGCACGUCCUGUAUGACACGCUUGAAUUCAUGGCGACCGCCUACUUCAUCGACCACUACGGAGACACUCAGUUGCGCUGGAAAAGUAUCGAAGCAAUCAACUCAUGUCAGAGUCUGAUAUAUGAAUGUUUUCCGGAGAUCAACUCGGGGUUUACUGCACUUGCAACCGCAGUGAACCCUCAGCCAACCUUAGUGCAUGUGCAUGAUACAAAAGACGAUGCAACAGUCGCGCAGUUUCGAACUGCCAUUUCGGCCCACAAGAACUGUGUCAUGGAAUCUCCUGGCAUUUGCACCGCGGGAGAUUAUUGCAGACGGAACCUUCUGUUUGAAAUGAGAAGAGUGUGGCUAUCCAUCGUGUCUGACGCGAAGCUAAGUAUUACCGUGUAUGACCGAUGCCACUCAUCACAGAACGGCUCAGGCGGUGACGCAGGGUACGGCUUUUACCACUGGCUCCAGUCCAGUGGAGUGGACAGUCUGUUCUACUGGUACAUCAUGGCUUUUAUGAUCUGUCGUGUCAGUGACGGAAACGACAUAUUCCCCACCGGCCUGGAAAAAUAUCUUGUGCAAGACUGGUGUCGGCACAAGGCUAUUGAAAACAGGCUAUAUAACGAAGUCGGAAGCGUGGGGCGCGACCGAGCAGAGUCGAAUCUCAAUGCAGCGGACUUUCUGGAAUUUCGCGGAUCUACUCUUGACAAGGCUAAAGCAGAUCUUCUCAACAUGGCAAAACUUGAGGGAGAACUGGCGAAAAUCUGCUGGGAGAGGCUACAGGUAUCUCUUUUGACAAACCGUGCGCCCCGAGUGCGUGCGAUUCUUCGAUUGCUGAAUGAGAUUACGGAUGCAAAUUCAGAACUCUAUGUUAUGAGGAACGUGUUUGCAUCUCAUAUAUGA